CUGAUUGGGCGGGGCCGGGGACCGCAGUGAUUGGUGGGUCCCACGUCCGGCGAUCCAGGCGGGAGAAGCGGCGCCAUGGAGAGAGCGGAGGAGUUUACAUUCAGUCCCGAGCCCAACCUGGAGCAAAUCCGGAGGCUUCACGCAGACUUUGUGAAUGAGCGAGACUGGAACCAGUACCACCAGCCCCGCAACCUUCUACUGGCCCUCGUCGGUGAGGUCGGAGAGACAGCGGAGCUCUUUCAGUGGCGAGGCGAAGUCAAGGAGGGGCUCCCGGACUGGACGGCGAAGGAGGUGGAGGCGCUCUCCAACGAGCUGAGCGACGUCCUCAUAUACCUGGUGAGGCUGGCGGAGAAGUGCCGCAUCGACCUGCCCCGAGCGGUCCUGCGCAAGGUGGAGCUGAACGGCCAGAAGUACCCCGCUGACCUCGUCCGGGGCUCGGCGAAGAAGUACACCGAGUACACCGAGUGAAGGGGGGGCGCCGGCAUUGGCGCAGGUCUGCCCUCUCCCUGCCCUUGUCGCCUUGCAACCCCCACCCCGCUGGGCCGGAUCGAUUGCAGGGCUUCUGCGCUGCGCUGUCCCCUCUCUCUCUCUCUCUCUCUCUCUCUCUCUCUCUCCCUCUCUCCCUCCCCCUCUCCCGUGGUGGUCUUGGGUUUGGCCGAGUUCGGCGGUGUCUCGUCUCUCCCCCCUCCUCCCCCACCCGAUGCCUGACUGCCUGCCCCUUCCUCUCCUCGCCUUCCGAGGUCAUGUGACCUUUGCCGUUACCCAUGCUGGUCGUGGGGGCGUGCAGGGAGAGAGAGCGAGAUAGAGUGAGGGCAGGGGCUUCGUUUUGGGGGUAAAAGGAGGCGGUGUUGGGGUGGGGGAGGCAUCGCAAGGGUCCGGCUCGAACCUCUUUUUCUCCCUCCCACCCCCCGGCGCGCCGGAGAGAUCGCCCACCCCUCGAACAGCUUCGGUCGGUUUGUGCGGUGACCCCUCUGUGUAAUAAACGCUGAAUAAAUCAUA